AGUCUCCGUCAAGCUUUUGCCACAGAAGCAUCGUGCCACAGAGCUUUGUCUCUUCAAUAAUACAUUCUCGACGUCUAAGAACGUCUUUGAAUGGUUUAACCCUUUUUGCAAGCGUAAAAAUAUCUCAAAUAUAUUUCGUUGGUAUAAAUGUGAAUGUGAUUUUGUCCGUUACCUUGGAUUCAAAUUUCAGGACAAUUUUUUUUUCUGUGAAUCAGAAGAGUUUGGUGCUCGAUUUCACGGUGUGUGAACUUUUGAAAAGCUCCACGAGACAUCCACCCGGAGAUUACAUUAGUGAAAAGUUUGAGAGACACGCGGCUUUUUCCCCCCACAACAUCACUGUGUGUCGUCAAGUGAUGAAAUUUAUUACCAAGUGAAAAUUAAUUACCCAAAAUUAUUUGAUUAAAAUGUCUUCAAGUUAAUAAAUCAAAUGAAGUGAGCCAGUAACAGCAACAACAUCUCACGAGUGAUAGAACAUAACUUGAGCUUUUGUAUGAGCUUUCAUAGCCCCUCAUCUGGCCUUUCUCAAUAACCUGGGCACCAAAGGGCGAUGUGUGUGGACAGUGCAAAAACACCAACAUAAAAUAUGUAUGAAAUAUAAUAUGAAUAGCAUAAAAUAAAGAUCAAAAGGAGGAAAGUGUUUAUUUCAUACAUAUUUUACCAAGAGUGGACGUGAAUGAAUAUAAGUCGAAGGCAGUCGCAUAGUACAAAAGUUGCCAGAAAAAAAAGAAGCCAAGAGCAAUAUUGCCUAAGUAUAUUCUCACAUUUGACGCAUUUCAUACGUGACCAAACGGGCUCCCAUAACGCAUAAAGAACUGCUACAUAUAUGUCUAUGGCACAUAGGGUUUGGUGCUGGUAAUAAUAAUAUAUAAAUGUAACGAAUUUCUGUCAAGGAAUAUUGUUCCCCCAAAAAUGGCAUAACCUCUCGCGCGUCAAUAAUAAUAAAAUUCAGUGGCGUGCCAAGAAUGGAGAUAAGCAAAAGUGUUUUGGGAAUAAUAUGGAUUUUCUUCUCGGCCAUUCGCACCAUAAAUGGAAACACGGGACUAGCCGGACUCAAUGUGGACCAAGUGCCUGAACCAGACUUCACAGAACCAAUUGAGAACAUCACGGUUCCUGUGGGACGAGAAGCCAUUCUUAGCUGCUCGGUGCAAAAUUUGGGCGGCUAUAAGGUUGGCUGGAUGAGAGUUUCAGACCAGACGGUAUUGGCAUUACAAGGACGUGUUGUCACACACAAUGCGAGGUACAGUGUCAUCCACGAAGACAUGAGAACAUGGAAGCUGAAGAUUCGCCAGCUCAGAGAAUCCGACCGAGGGUGUUACAUGUGCCAAAUAAAUGCCAGUCCAAUGAAGAAGCAACUGGGAUGCAUAGACGUUUACGUGCCGCCGGACAUAAAUGACGAGGAGUCAUCGAGCGACGUGACGGCGCGUGAGGGGGAGGACGCUACUCUGUUCUGCAGUGCCAAUGGCCAUCCUACGCCCCGUAUCACAUGGAGACGAGAAGAUGGUGCUCCAUUGCUUAUCAGACGUAACGAGACUAUUGCCAGAGUGGAUUCCUACUACGGUAGUCUCCUCAAUUUGUCCAGUGUGGAACGAAGACAAAUGGGAGCUUAUCUCUGCAUCGCUGCAAAUGAUGUACCACCUGCCGUCUCGAAGAGGGUUUUUCUCAACAUUCACUUUGCACCUCAAAUUGUAACACCAAGAUCACUAUUUGGUGGCCUUGCGGAGUCAGACGUUGUUCUGGAGUGCAUGGUUGAAGCAUCACCUAUAUCUGUAAACUAUUGGAUAAAGGGCAGUGUUCCGAAGCGAAAUUCAUACGAAACGUUCACUCGACCCGAAAUGCUUCUCGAUGGGAAAAAGCAUCACAUAUCCGAAGAGAAAUUGUCCCCAUACGAGUUCCGGCUAAAAUUGGUCGUCCACAAUUUUAGUCGAUCCGAUUUAGGAAUUUACACUUGCAUAUCGACAAACUCACUGGGCAGAGCUAAUGGAACCAUCCGAAUUUAUGAAAUCAAAAUUCCCACGACCACAACGACCAGUACUACAACAACAACAACGCCAAAACCAACGACACCAAGAACUACAACGACGUCAACCACAGCGAUCCCAACUCCGCCACCAGAAACAUUUACAGAGACAACUACACCCGAUUACCCUACAUUUUUCCCAGUGCACGAGGCCCCCUACGGUGGGCACGCCGAGGCCAAUCAACCCCUGCAUGACAUCAUGUAUUCGCGGGAUAGCGACUCGAGCGGCACCAGCACCCCAAUGUGGGUGGUGCACUGCAUCGUGGCGGCUGUGAUGCUACAGGCCCUCUUGAUAGCCAUCAGAUGACUAUGACGCUCUCGGGAGCAAGCGGAUUAGAAUAAAUCGUAGCGCAGGGUAUUUUGGUGACAGGACGCGAAGGGACGUGCUGAAGGGUGAAACAUUUGUGUUCCCAUUCUCAUGGGGCACAUGCCAAGUGAAUGUUCUCUGCAGCAUCUCCUGCCAGAUGCUAUUUAAUUGAAAAAUACUCUUUUGAUUUGAUUGUACAUAAGAGAGAAAGAACGUGUGUCCACCCACAUGUGAGUAUCAUAAUAUUUUAAUCGCUACAAUGGCCUCAAAAGACACAACAAAAAAUCCAAAAAACACUCAGCAUGGGAAAUAGUGAAAGAAGUCCCAUGGUUCCGGUUAUAGUGUAUUUAUUUAAAUAAAUUAUAAAAAAUAAUUGUUAAUAUCAUAAUUACAUUUUAGAUGAAAAUCUAAAAGGUAGAUAGAUGAUAUAUUUCUUAUAUAGAUGAAUGGAUGGGAUAAAAAGGUCACAAGGUACAGCCACAAGUUUGGUGAAUGAUAUUCUGUAUUCAGAAAACAAGAUUGAGUAAUGCGUGGUUUCGUGCAUUCACCCAUUUUGAACUUUCUUCUUUGAUUAUGUUCUCAGAAGUCUUUAUAAGAUUUGGUCCAAACAUUCAGGAAAAUACUUGUUAUUUUUCCAGCAAUUCGCUUUGUGUCUGUAAUCUAGGCGAAAGUAUAUUCACCGUGUUUUGAUACUAAAGUUAUUGUAGGUCUUGGUUCUGAUAGAUCAGUUUUUGUUUUUCAUGAAGCUAAAUAAAAGGUCUUUAGAAAACAAGAAUAAAAAUAGCAUUUUAUGUAAACUUUAAUCCUUUAAGAACCAGGGACACUGGUGAUACAAGAACGAAAAUAUUCCUUCGACUAUGUUUUAUUCUAUUUUGUUCUAGCCAGAAAAAAAUGGUUGGGCCACUGGUGACCCACUCGUCCUGAAAGGGUUAAAUAUAAUCCUUAGAAAAGGAAACCAAAUUCAAGUAAAAAGAAACAGGUAAAACUUGUUACUGGUUAAUGCCUAUUCAUUUACAAUUUAUGACGAUAGUUACGAUUAAUUUCAGUUUAUAUACAAUAUCAAAAUUAUCUCGUACAACGUACCAUUUCUUUUUAACCCUUUAAGGACGAUUGGAACACCGAUGUCCCAUAAAAAAAAAUAAUUUUUCCUGACUACCUAAAGUUAUUUUUUCUUAUGUUUAUACGUAAUUGCAAAGUAGAAGGUUGAAGGAACCUAGGAUAUUUUUUGCAAAUCUCUAACUAUUUGCUUUAUUGUAAAUUUUUAAGGUAAAAAAUGACGAAUUUUGAAAUUUUCGUAUUAAAAAUUGAUUUUAAUUAUUUUUGAUACUUCCACGUCUUUUUAAGCAAAACCGUUUUGGAACAAGAAACUACAAUACUCAAACAUAAUAUAUUUCAUUAGAGUGAAAAUUAUCAGUCAUUGGUAUCGUCAGAAAAAUUACUUAAAUUUUUGGGCUAUUUUUGUCCAUAUCUUUCAUUGAGGCAAAAAUUAUACCAAAUCAGACUCUGAUGGCUUUUCGAAGGUUAGAUGUAAGACAUUUCACAAAUUUUGUUUAUCGGUUUUAUUUUUAUUGCCGAUUUUCGGUCAGCGAAAACUGUCUCGUCGUUAAAGGGUUAAUCUCAGAAAUUUUCCACUUUUUUUUAACCCUUUACGGACGACUGGAACACCGGUGUCCCAUAAAGAAAAUAAUUUUUCCUGACUACCUAAAGUUAUUUUUUUCUUAUGACUGUAUAUAAUUGUAAAGUAGAAGGUUGAAGGAAUCUAGAAUAUUUUUUUGUAAGUCUUUAGCUAUUUGCUAUUUAAUAAAUAUUUAGGCUAAAAAAUGACGAAUUUUUAAAUUCUCAAAUUCAUAAUUGAUUUUCUUUAUUUUUUAUACUUCUAUUUUUUUUAAAGCUAAACCUUUUGGCAAUAAAAACUACAAUACUAAUACGUAAUAUUUUUCAUUAAAGCGAAAAAUAUUAUUCAUUGGUAUUGCCAGAAAAAUUACUUAAAUUUUUGGGCUAUUUUUGUCCCUAUUGUUCAUAGAAGCACAAAAUACACCUAAUCAGACUCUGUUGGACUUUCCAAGGUUAGAUGUAAGACUUAUCAUUGAUUAUGUUUCUCAGUUUAAUUUUUAUUGUUGAUUUUCAGUCCUUAAAAAGUGUCUCGUCGUUAAAGGGUUAAACAGAAAAGCGAAAUAAGCUGUACAAUCUAAACAGUUUUUAAAUUGUUGGCCAAUUCAAGAUCUUUUAUUUAUACCGAUGUAGACAAAAAUGUUUUAAUAGAACCAUAAUAGUAUUUAAGUAUCAAAAACAAGAAGAGUAUGAAUUUGCCUAGAUCACUGUCACAAAGUCCAUAUAAUGGUAACGUAUUAAGUAAUUUUCCAAAAUUAUUGAACUCUAUAAAUCAGAAAAAUAGUUAAAUAAUUAAUUUAAAAUUUUAUUAACUUUUUUUAAAGCAGAAAUUCACAGUUUUCCAACCUCAGAUAAAACCAAAAUAAUUCCAAAAAUUGACGAUAAGAGGAACGAGACCGUCUUUUGGUUAUCAGAAAAGGAUAAUACGUACUGAUUUCGGUUGAAUUUAUUGUAUUCACUCACUUUAUCAGGCGAGAAAUUUCUGUGCUAAUUACACCUUGAAUAAAACAUUAGAAGACAGAGAAAGUAUACAGUGAGGGUUUUUAUCUUUCCGGAUGCAAUUAGAAGGCUCUUAGGCACAUAAUUUGGAUAUCUCAUUUCCAUCUUGAGGCCUAGAAUCGUACGAAUCCUUGGCGAUUUACUCUUUCUUGAGCACCCCCGUUAAGAUACAAUCUCUAAAUUGUGUGGUAUCAGUUGUACAUAGCAGACAAUAUUUUGACCAGAAGGACUUGUAGGGUGGCAACGUCGUGAGACAACGUGAACCGUAUGAACCAAGAGUUCUCAAUUUUAACAUUUUAUGAGGUGCCAAAAGCAUGUGAGUUUGUUAGAACAAAGAAAAAGGUAUUAAUCAUGUUUUAAAGUUCACAAAUUUGAGGUGAAAUGAGAGGAGUAUUGAAAUUUCGUGCACAUCAUUUAUAUCCUUAAAAAAAAGCGAGCAUCUUACCAUUUUGAUUAAUGUGGGUUUAGGGUGCAAAAAUUUCACCGAAGAUGGACUAGAGUUUAUCCUGAAACAGGAAAAGAAAAAUAUGCUGAAUGGUGUAGUGAGAGAUGUACUAUAUUAUCAGUAUUAAUAAUAACCAAUUGGAGAUGAUAAAUGUGCGGAAGAAAGUUGUAAAUAUGAGUCUACAAUGUUGUAAUAAAGGAAAAAUAUAUCAAACUUCAUAA